AUGUCGCGCUUCAUCAGACGUAUUAGAAAUCGCAGCUCUAUCGAGCACCUGGGUUACGAGGUCGACGAUACACCACAAGACCCAAAUGAGAGAGUCACCAUCAACGACAUGAAGCGCAUCGAAAAGCCAAAAAGCAUGCCCUGGCAAGCCCGUCUCUCCGGCGAAGACAUGACCAAACUACUCAAGGGCUUUUCACCAUCCGAAAUGGAGCAGAAAUGGGUCAUUGCCGCCAGCGGUCCAGACAAUAAGGGCAUCAUUAAUGUCCAUCUUUGCAGAAGCUGGACCGGGAUCGAGAUCUACACCGUUAGAGUGCGCGUCUUGACUGGCGAGGACGGCAAGCCUGGUGAUGCUGAGGAGAAUGGAGGCGAGGUUUUUGAGAUUGUGUAUGAAACAAGCAACAAAUUCAACAACAUGUGUGACGGUGAGGUAGAGGACAUGGCAGUUGGUCUCUGUCGAGGAUUUCUGGAUGUUGAGUUAGGGAAAGGACCUGAGAGUCCGGAGCCUCCAGUGAGACACAGACGACGAUAG